CACAAAAAAAGAGAUUAUAAUAGGGUAGCACAAAUUCCAGCGUCUCCCUUGCUACCCAAAUGCACCAUUACGUCUUUGGAUUCUUGGAUUGUUUUGCUAGCUGAUGUUAGCCGAGAAGGAAAAGGCACAAGUUGUGAAAGCUUCCACUCGUCAAAUAACUACAACAAUCCAGGUAAAAUGAGUGAGCAAUUGAAGUUCAUCGUCGAACAACUCAACAAAGACCCUUUUAAGAAAAACUUUAAUCUCAUCACGUUUGACUCGCUCGAGCCAAUGCAGUUGCUUCAGGUGUUGAAUGAUGUCCUAGCUGAAGUAGACCCAAAGCAAGCGAUUGAUAUUCGCGAGGAAAUGCCCGAACAAACCGCUAAGAGAAUGUGUUCUCUGCUCGGGAUGCUAAAAUACAAACCACCUGGCAACCAGUCUGAUUUAAGCACCUUCAGACAAGGUCUGGUGAUCGGCAGCAAACCUGCGGUGCAUCCCAUUUUGCACUGGUUGCUGCAGAGAGUCCCGGAGUUGAAGAAAAGAGCUUAUUUGGCUCGUUUUCUUGUUAAACUCGAUGUUCCUGCAGAGUUCCUGGCCGACGACGUUAUCAGCGAUACCUAUCAUCAGUAUGAAGAACUGGUGGAGGGAUUUAAGACAAACCAUAAGGAGUGUGAGCAGCUGAGAACGUCGGGCUUCUCCACGGCAGAAAUCAGGAGGGAUAUUACUGCAAUGGAGGAAGAGAAAGGCCCGCUCAUUAAACGUGUGGAGAGGAUGAAAAAGAGGGUGGAGUCAGUGUCCAGCCAUCAACAGAUGCUGGAGCAGGCCAGACUGCUGAGAGUUGAGAAGAAGAGGGAAGAAGAUCUGGCUCACCAGAAGCAAGAACAAAAGAAUCAACUGUUUCAGGCAGAGCAAAGAUUGCAGAGGUUGCAACAGCAGUUGAAGGACAUGCGACAGGCUGCGGCUGAUUCCAGUCCAGAUAGCUUGAUGAAGCGACUCGAAGAGGAGAUCAAGAUCAACUCCUACAUGGUGUCUGAGAAACUACCCAAAGAGUUGGAAGUUCUCAGGCGUACGGUGCAGUAUCUUCAGAGGGUGGCGACAGAACCUGCUUUGGGCCACGGUGAUCUCCUGGAGAUGGGGGACAAGAUUAAAGAAGUUGACUCCCAGAUAAAUCAGCUGAUUGAGAAGAAGAUGAUGAGAAGCGACCCCAGAGAUGACAAGCUAACUCUAUACAGACAGCAGGCCUCCAUCAUCAUCCGUAAAAAGGAAGCAAAAGCAGAAGAGCUGCAGGAAGCGAGGGAGGAGUUAGCUGCAGCGGAACGGCAGCUAAAACAUAAAACUGACCAGGGACGGGCCUCCAAUGGGGAAGAGGUCAUCCGGGGUGAUGAGCUGAAACGUUUGGUGGUGAAACUGCGCAGCAAGGGGACGGUGUACAAGAAAAAACGUCAAGAAAUUGCAGAGCUGAAGGCAGAGUAUGGAGUUCUUCAACGGACGGAAGAAAUUCUUAAGCAGAGACACGAGGCUGUCCAAGAGAAACUGCAAUCUGUGGAGGCUGAGAAGGGUAUCUCCGGCUACAGCAACACUCAGGAGGAACUGGAGAGAGUGUCGGCCAUCAAGAGUGAGCUCGACGAAAAGAAGGGACGCACACUGGACGACAUGUCAGAAAUGGUGAAGCAAUUAAACUCGAUGAUCGUGGAGAAAAAGUCGGCCUUAGCUCCAAUUAUCAAAGAGCUGAGGUCACUGAGGCAGCAGUGUCAGGUGAUAAAUCAGGACUACGAGGAGAAGAAGUCACAGUAUGAAAGUUGUGCUGCUGGUCUGGAGAGCAACAGGUCGAAAUUGGAGCAGGAGGUGAAGGCACUGAGGGAGGAGGCGGCACAGGAGGAGAAUAGAUACCAUUCCAUCAACUGCAAGUCCGAGAUCAUUGAAAUGCAAAUACAGCGAGCGGCUGAGGAGAUGAAGGCUUACGUGUCCUCUGAUGUCCAGGAGAGGAAAAAGGCCAUCAGGGAAGUGUACAUGAAGAACAUUGCAGAGCAGGAAUUACUCGGCAAGAAGUUGCGUGAGAAGCAGAAACUGGUAAGGGAGAACCACAGCAUGAACAUGGAGCAAAUGAAGAUGUGGAGAGACUUGGAGCAGCUGAUGGAGUGCAAGAGGCAAUGCUUCAUAAGAGCACAGAAUGAGGCGUCUGUUGGUCAAGUCAUCCAGGAAGGAGGAGAAGAUAGACUGGUGCUAUGAGUUACUUCAUACUGGACAGCUUCAUCUCUCUGUGAGCAACCGUACUUUAUUACACAUUCUUUGUUGCUUUGCUUUGGAUGCGAUCUGAUGACACUUUCUUGGUUGGUUGUGCAUUUCCAGAAAAGAAUUUAAAGAAAUACAAAUGCAUAUUUCUGUCUUUUUCUUCUAGAACAGGGGUCUCAAACACGUGGCCCACGGGCCAAAUGUGGCCCGCAGGACACUAGUUUGAGGCCCCCUUGAUAUGAAGGUUUAAUGUUAGUGCGGCCCGCGCAAGUUUGAUAUGGAUGCUGUAUGGUAUCAUGUACCCAGAAAAAAUUAUUACGUUUGAUUCAUGUUCGUGUUAAAGGUUAAAUAACUGUUAAUAGUUAUCCUCCCUAUCCGUGUGGAAGUGGUAAGUUUUUGGCUGUUUAAGUUUGAAGGAAAUAACUUGAAGGCUACCGUUUAGGUCGCUAGCUCUCUAGUUUGCGAGUUAGCAUGUGUCUCAAGACCCUGCAGUUGCGCAAUAUGUUGUAAAUAAAAAGAGUAUAAAUGUGACUAUAGUCGUGUUU